AAUUUCCAUUCGAUUUUCGGUGAAUUUCUUCAGCGAGCGGAGCAAAGAAUCUCGUCAGUGCUCUUCGGUUCGAUCGUUCUCGCAGUGUUUGAUAGGUCUUCGAUCGUUGUAGGAUUUGCAGAUAGAGUUUUGGUAUAAUUUUAAUCAUGAGGUUGACAAAGGGAAAGAUGGUGGAGGUCUUGAACAGGAAGGAUUUGUCCUCAAGCUUCUGGCAGCCAGCUGAGAUCAUAUCAGGAAAUGGACGGAUGUAUCAAGUGAAGUAUUACUAUUCUGGAUACGAGGAAAGAGUGCCAAGAAAGUUCAUUAGGCCUUGCCCUCCUCCAGUGAUGAAUUCUAAGAGUUGGAUGACUGGUGAUGUUGUGGAUGCCUUUGUGAACAACGCAUGGGCGCAUGCAGAAGUUUUAAAGUUGGGUACUCAGAAUUUUGGCAUCGUUAGAAUCCUUGGAACCACCAGGGUUUUUGGAACACGUGUGUCUGAUUUCAGGUUACCGCAGUCAUGGGAAGACAACAAAUGGGUUAUGGUUGAUAAGAAGCCGACAAAAUGCACCAAAGUAGUUACACAAAGAGGGACAAAACCUGCAAAUUCAAGCCAAGGCUUAUCUUUUAGUAUUGCAACAAUGGAGUCGAGAAACUGCUCACAUGAACCCCUUCUCAGCAAAGGUUCCUGUGAUUUUGAUGAUGCCCCAGGAAGGAUUAGUAAAAGACCGCGCUCAUGUCUGCCACCUCAUGAGGAUUGCACUGGAAGUAGCAGGAAGGUACAAGUUGCGAAGGAAAGGGAAUGCCAUCAACCAGUGUUUGUGCCUUCAUCCCAAUUACCAGAAAAAAGUGGAUCCUCCAGGAAGAUGAGAAUUGUGACAGAAGGGAAAAGACACCUAUUGAAGACCUUGCCUUCCGCUCAGUCAUUAGACAAAGUAGACACUGUUGCUUCAUCAGGUAAAGUGCUUGGUGAGAAAUUCGUGCGUCCUUCCUUAAACAACAAUGUCACAGCUGGAUUUCUUGAAGAUAACUUGGACUGGUUGAGACCUAAUGAAGAUAAAUAUUUCAUUUUGGGGAGUCUCGACAUGAGUGACUCUGAGUCUGUUGGUAGUUGCAGUAUUAACAACAUUCCACGUCAGUCUGCCAAGCGUCAAAAAACUAAGGCUUCCGGCAAUGUGAAUAUCCAAGAUCGUGAUGUUGAAGCUCCUUUCAGAUCAGCCAGUGAACAUUGUGUUUCUCAUAAAAACAAAUUGGCAGCCAAAGACCAUCGUCAAGAGUUAGAUGCAUACAGAUGCACCAUGUCAGCUUUACAUGCAUCUGGUCCCUUAAGCUGGGAAAAUGAAACCUUGUUGACAAAUCUCCGUCUUGAGCUUCAUAUAUCGACUGAUGAGCACUUAUCAGAGGGCCAAAGUUGAAGGCUCAUAAAUCUGUUUCUGAAUGUCGAAGAUGAUGAUCAGGGUUUGCAUCUUUCUUGCACAUUGGCAUUGAUUCAAUGUGGACUUUGAUUUUUGUCUGUUUAUUUUUAGAACUUUCUUCACUUUAUUUACAUCAGGCCAUCUUUAUGCCUAUGAUGUAUUGUCAGCAUUAAGAAGCAUGAUCAAGCUCAUUUCACCUUUCCUAAAGUUGUUAAGAUUGUUCCAUUUAGUGAUUACUUUGCAUAGGCUAGGUGUUGUCACUGUCUUAGAUUAAGCAAAGAAACACCAUAUUCCUUAACUAUUUUGAGUUGAUAAUGUGUAGAAUAAGUUACGCAGUUACCAAGCCCAACUUAGAACAGUCACUUGAACAAUAUUUUGUUCUAUUUUAAAUUGGCUGUGUUUUUAGGUUCCAUUCUAAUUGUUCUCUAUGCACAAGAAAGUUGGAAAAAUAUCAACAUUGAAUGGUUCAUAUGGUUAUUUUGUUGGAUUUGUUAUUAAUAGAUUUAUCCAGAUAAAUCAUCACUCAUUUAAAAUUUCUUAAAUUCGAAUAUGAUGCCGAGAUAAUUACUAACAAGAUACAUAACACCUAUAAACCAUAAAAUAAUUAGAAAAAACUUCAGCCCUCGUAGCCAGGAAAGAUUCUUAAGCAUGACAAGGCAUGAAUUGUUCCUUUUUAGGUCUUGUCUGUGUUCUCACUUUCAGCAUGCAUCCGAUUUUUAUUAUGGACAGAAAGUUUAUAAUUCAUUUCUAUCUACUUGUCUUUAUGUUGCAUCUUUCAGAAAUAUGGGAAAUAUGCUUGAAUUAAAGGCAUUGAUACUCACCAAUUAUCUGGCGACCUUCUAAAGGUAUCUGUAUUAUAGGAUAGAAAUGGCUAAUCGGUUGUUAAAUAAAGUGGAUGUUGCCACAGUUAUGUUGAUACAAAUCUUAGUGGUAUUUUAUUAAUUAGUUAUUUGUUUAUUUAUGUAUUUAUUUUGAAGAAAAGCGGAUUAACCAUGCUACUACUGAAGAUCUUGGGGUUAUUUUUCAUUCAUCACCUUGAUUACCAUGAUGAAUUAGAAUAAAUCUUUGCUUAUUAUCUUAAUGAUUAUGAAAGAAACAAAUCAAUGAAAUAUAUUUGGUAAAUUUUCUUGUAGAUUUGUUAUAUCUUACAAAAAUGAUAUAUUUGAGCUCGAUGUAUUCAGUUAUAUGUGAGUUAGAAGCUGGUGGCAAGCACACAUACAUGUGUCAAAUUGAGGUGGUUAGUCUUCUAUCUUCACUUUGUAUCACAUUCCGUGGCAUCAAAUACCAAGAGAAGCAGCAUUCAUUUAACCUUCUAUAAUAUUAUUCCGACAUUUGAUUGCUAUAGUUCUUAGAAUGACUCAGUAUUAUCAAUCAUGGCUUAAAUUUUUUGGUACAAUAACAUCUGAAAUGCUUCAGUGUAAGUUUGAACUUUUUUUAUCUUAAAACUUCACAUGUCUCCGUCUUGUUUAGAUUAUACAUCCUUCAAAUGCUGCACUUGAAAAUCCUCGAGGAAGAUUUAGAUGAUUGAAUAUUUUCUUUUUCAUGGUUGCAAUUACAAUGGUAUACUGGAUAUCACCGAUUAGCAGCAUUGUAUGUUUUCCUGGAAGGUUUGGAAAGAUUCUUAGAUUCGGUUUUAGCGUCCAUUCACUAACCAGACUUUGGUGAUGCAGAACAAAAUUUGCUUGUAUUUGGAGCCUUCCAAUAACGUCGCAAGAUGACAAGAUAUUAACAAACAAGAUGCACCUUUUAAGAUUUACACGUUUUAUGU